AUGACCACACGCCCAGAUCUCCUAAAACCAAUCCACGCCUUCCUAGAAGCCCUAACAAACCCAAACCCAAAAGACCCCAAUCAACUCCUCUCAACCUUCACAACUCUCCCAGAACCUCUAGUCCACGAACACGGUCUCCCGCAACUAGCUCCCUUUCUAGGCCGCCCAUUCACCGGCCAGGAUGGGAUAGCAACUUACUUCGAGCUUCUCUCAUCACUGCUGUCUAUCAAGAACAUGGCCUUCGAGCCCGAGGAGAGCUGGGUGGUUGAUACGAGCUGCAUGGCUGUUUCGUUACGCGGGACGGCAACGUUCGUCUGGAAGCAGACGCAGCAGGCAUGGGACGAGACGUUCGCUUAUCGCAUUAAGCUUGCUGCUGAUGGUGGUGGGUCCGGGGAGACGGGGAGGUUGGCGGUUUGCGAGUAUCAUGUUUGGGCGGAUACUGGGGCUGCUUAUCUUGCUAGAUGCGGGAGGUUAGGGGAUCUAAUGGGUGGUGGUGAGGAUUUUGAGCCGGAGGAGGGGAUCGCGUAA